AUGUCUCCGUUUAUGCACGGCCACUCGCACGUCCCUCCGGGUUUUCGGUUCCACCCCACGGACGAGGAGCUCGUCGGCUACUACCUGUACAAGAAGGUGUCCUCGGAGGCCAUCGAUCUCGACAUAAUCCGGGACAUUGAUCUCUACAAGAUGGAGCCAUGGGACCUGCAAGAGGAUUGCGCGAGCUCGGCAGAUCAGAGCGAGUGGUACUUCUUCAGCCACAAAGACAAGAAGUAUCCGACCGGGAGCCGAACCAACAGGGCCACAACAGCGGGGUUCUGGAAGGCAACAGGGAGGGACAAAGCCAUCCACACCAAGUUCAAGCUGAUUGGGAUGAGGAAGACGCUGGUGUUCUACAAGGGACGGGCGCCAAACGGGCAGAAGACCGACUGGAUAAUGCACGAGUACCGGCUGGAGGACGAGCAAAGCGGCAGCGUAAGCUAG